AUGGACGACGUGGAUGCUCUUCUGGAGGAUGCUCUCGAUCCAAAAAAAUCUGUAGAGGGUAAUGAUUCCAAGGAAAACUCCGAUGGCGGACGUAGGCCUCGUAGCCGAUCACCGAGUGAUGAGCGCAGAAAGCAAAAAGGUAGUUCUAGCAGGGACCAUCGAAGAAGUUCUUCUCGUGAUCGUAAGAGACGUUCUCGUUCUCGUGAUAGACGCAGUAAAAGCAAAGAAAGAAAAAGAAGCCGUAGUCGCGACAAAAAGAGAAGCCGUAGUCGAGAUCGUGAUAGACGCGGUGGAUACAGAAGAUCCAGAUCUCGUUCAUAUGAGCGAAGGCGCAGACGCUCACGUUCGAGAGAUAGACCUCGCGUGCUUGAUCAUAGAGACAGAAGAUCUCCCAGAAGAAGACUACCAGGGCCUGAGCGUAGGGAUGUCAUGCCGUUCACAGCUCGUACAUCCCCUCCAAAAAAUGCUAGAACAGAUUUAUCUCCAGAAGAAAGAGAUCACCGAACAUUAUUUAUUCUACAGAUUGCCAGACAGACAAGACCUAGGGAUCUUGAAGAGUUUUUCAGUUCAGUAGGAGCUGUCAGAGAUGUUCGUAUAAUCACUGAUUCCAGAACUGGAAGGUCGAAGGGAAUAGCCUAUGUUGAAUUUUGGGAAGAAGAAAGUGUUAAUCUAGGGUUGGCCCUACAUGGUCAGAAGCUACUUGGCGCACCACUGGUGAUUCAAAGAACUUGUGCUGAGAGAAACAGGGCUGCUAAUGCCACAGCUACAGUUGGCUCUGCUCUAGGGUUCGGGCCUGCCAAUAGCAAAGGACCAUGUAAACUGCAAAUUGUUAAUCUUCAUCCCAACAUCAGUGAAUCUAUGCUCGAAUCUGUUUUCGAGCCUUUUGGUCACUUGCAACAUUGUAGAAUUCGUAAAGAAGCGGGAGGUGUAGGAGUUGGUUUUGUUACUUUUGCUAAAACAGAAGAUGGAACGAAAGCAGCUGAGCAAUUGAAUGGCUUUGAAUUAGCAGGAAACAAUAUCAGAGUGAGCAUACUCGAUGAGGAAGAUGAAUCUGCGAAGCAGAGGAGUUUGGAUGAUAUUAUGGAAGACAAGCAAGGAAUUGCUCUAGGAGGUCAAGGUGGUAGAAUUCAACUGAUGGCCAAGUUAGCACAAGGAACAGGAAUUGAAUUAUCCCAACAAGCGCAACAAACAUUACAAACUCAACAAGCACAACAAAAUGAUCCUUCCAUUCCGUCCAUUGCCACGCAAUGCUUCAUGCUGUCGAAUAUGUUUGAUCCUGUCAAGGAAACCGAGCCUUCAUGGGAAGAAGAUGUCAAACAGGAUGUUAUUGAGGAAUGUGCUAAAAAUGGUGGCGCUCUCCAUGUUUAUGUCGAUAAAGCCAGUGCGCAAGGAAAUGUUUAUGUUAAAUGUCCUUCAGUCACAGUGGCUCAUCGUAGUGUUACUGCUCUUCAUGGAAGAUGGUUCAGUGGAAAAAUUAUUACGGCGAAUUAUGUGCCAGUUAACUCUUACCAUGAUUUAUUCCCAGAAGCUUUAAGUUUGACGACUCCCAUUGCUCCUAGACCAUACGGAUCUAUGCCUUCACAUCAAAUGAGUGUAUAUUCCCAACAAGGCUUCGGUGUCAGAUAG